UCUACUCCCACCCCAUCUCUUCAUCUCCCCCAUACAUAUCAUAUACACUUUUUUUUUUUUUUUUUACAUUAAUGUGAAAAAAAAAAGAUUAUUACAUUCUUGAGAUGGAAAAUCCUACCUUUACUGCGUCCAGUCUGCUUUGUACAGAGAGUGAAUCCAGCUUGAAUGAUGAACUUGAGGAAGGAGAUGACUGCACAUUGAUCACAGCAGAGGAUGAAGAUGAUGAUGGGUAUAUACAAAUAUUGCUUGAUAGAGAAAUCGCCAUGAAUGGUGGGCUCCAAAAAUUUGAUCUUUCACAGGUUAUCAAUGAGAAUUGGGCUCAAAAGGCUCGAUCGGAUGCAAUAGAUUACAUUCUUGAAACUGGAGGGUUGUUUGGAUUCAGAAUGCAAACAUCCUUCCUUUCAAUCAGUUAUCUUGACAGAUUUCUUUCAAGAAAAUCCAUAGAUGGAGAGAAGUAUUGGGCAAUAAAGCUAUUGGCAAUUGCAUGCCUUUCCUUGGCUGCAAAAAUGGAAGAAUUCAGAGUUCCAGCACUGUCACAGUACCCCAUGGAAGACUUCACUUUUAAGAGCAGUUUGAUCCAAAGAAUGGAGCUUUUGGUGCUGAAUACAUUGGAUUGGAAACUGGGAUUAAUCACUCCUCUUGCUUUCACCCAUUAUUUUUUAUCAAAGUUUAGCACUGUCUCAGAAAGAAAGAGUGCUGCAGUAUCAAGAACUAUGGAGAUCAUCUUGAGUGUGAUUAGAGAUGCAAAUUUAAUGAGUCAUAGGCCAUCUGUAGUGGCUGCAGCAGCAACAUUACUGGCAUUGGAUGGGGGACUAAUCAAAGAGAGUAUGGAGCUUAAGAUUAAUGCCUUACCUUCAGGUGGAUGUCUUAAGCUUGAUGAUGUAUUAUCCUGCUAUAAUCAAAUGAGGGAAGUGGAAAAAAAUGAGUUUCCAAAGCCCUGUACAGUUGCUUCCAGUCUUGGAUCCAAGAGGAAGAGGACUGAUGAUGAUGUUCUUGGAUUGUGACCAAAUCUCCCCAACACCAACAUGAAAAGCACAUUCACAGUCCAGUGUUAAUAAAAGAAAAAGUGUCUAAAGAUAUGGCUUCAAAGCUGACUAGUCAUUCUUCAUUUAGGUUAAUCUUUGAAUUGGUUGGUUGCUUUUGUUCUUUUUAGUAAAUUUGUUUGGGACUUUUUGGUUUGGUGUUUAUAUGUAAUCUCUUGCAGCCCUAACUUUUAAAGGGUGUGCUUGGGGAUGGUUUGCUGCAAGUAUGGUUUGGUUUAGUUUUGAUCUUUUAUCUGUUAUAAAA